GUCUUGCUGCGAGAUCGAAACGAAGCUUCCAGCGGCAACAAUCAGUCGAUCAGUUGACGAAAAGCUUCUCUACAGUUAAGAAAGUGAGUGCAAUCAAUCAAAAUUUGGAACCCAGCCAGUGCGACACAAUAAGCUGCAAGCGAUGAUUUCACGCAUCUUUACAUCCACUGUUCCGUGCCGGCUUGGCAGGGGAAUUGUGUUCGAGCGAGCCAUGCGAAACAUUGCUAGUGGAGUAGGGCCCUGCCGUCACAUGAGCCACGAACGGAAUAUAGUACAAUCGCCGUUCGGUAGUGUGGACAUCCCGGAGAAGAAUGUUACAGAGUAUAUCUUCGAAGGCUACGAGAAGUAUGCAGACAAACCGGCCGUUACGUGUGGUGCUACGAAACGAUCGUAUACGUACGGGAUGGCUUACGAGAUGACAAAACGAAUGGCGCGUGGUCUGAUAUCGCAAAAGGGAUGUGCCAUGCGCAAGAACGAUGUUUUAGGACUGCUGCUUCCCAACAUACCCGAAUUCGUUCCGGCACUGCACGGUGGCUUGUUGGCAGGUUUAUCCGUCACAUUCGCCAAUCCGUUGUAUACGGCGGAGGAAGUAUGCCGCCAGUUUGAAAAUGCUGGUGUGUCGGCCAUUGUCACACUUCCAAUGCUGUUGCCUGUUGCGGAAAUGUUCAAAUCCAAGGUGAAACAGUACAAAGGAACCAUCUGCAUCGGUGGAAAGCAUGAUUUCGAUAAAAAUAUCUACGGAUUUGAGCAAUUUCUGAAAGAAAAUCAUCGCUGCGAGCUCCCCGAAAUCGAUUGCCAUAAAACGGCCAUUCUACCCUAUUCGUCCGGUACAACAGGACUGCCGAAGGGCGUGGAACUAUCUCACUACAACCUCGUAGCGAACCUUGCUCAAGGAUCACAUCCUGCAAUAUCCAAAUAUUAUCAACCAGAGUAUAUCGAUAAGAAGGACACAAUCUUGACCAUACCGCCUUACUUCCACAUUUAUGGACUUAAUGCUAUUUUGCAUUCUGUGAUCAAGUCUAAAAACCAUAUAGUUUCAAUUCCCAGAUUCAUCCCGGAAGAUUACAUCCAGUGUCUUGCGGAGUUCCGUCCCCAGUUCCUGUUUGUGGUACCAUCGCUACUACUUUUCCUUGCUACACACCCGAAAGUAACACCCGAUCUGCUGUCGAGUGUGGAAUCUGUGCUGGUCGGUGCCGCACCAGCCUCACUGCAGCUGCAGGAGAAGUUCCGUACCAAGGUUGGACGCGAUAUUGAUAUUGCACAGGGCUAUGGCAUGACCGAAAGUUCACCGGUUACCCUUUGCACACCACAUCGUUACGAUCAGUCUAAGGUCGGCACGUGUGGUCAGCUGUACCCCAAUACGGAGGCCAAGAUUGUAUCGCUUACGGAUGGUAGCAACCAGGGUCCACAUCAGACGGGGGAGCUGUACCUGCGUGGGCCACAAAUUAUGAAGGGCUAUCUGAACAACGAAGCCGCCACCAAGGAAACGUUGGUUGGGGACGGUUUCUUGCGUACCGGCGACGUUGCAUACUACGACAAGGAGGGAUUCUUUUUCAUCGUCGAUCGGACGAAAGAGUUGAUCAAGGUGAAGGGAAACCAGGUUUCCCCAACGGAGCUAGAAAACAUUAUUCUUGAACUGCCCGAAGUUGGCGACGUGGCUGUGGCCGGUGUACCGGACGAAACGGCCGGCGAGCUUCCACGUGCCUUUGUCGUCGUUAGGCCGGGUUCCGAUCUGAACGAGAAGGAGGUGCAGGAUCAUGUGAAGGAGCGUGUCGUCAAAUACAAACAGCUGGCCGGUGGUGUAAUAUUCGUCAAGGAAAUUCCACGCAACGCGGCCGGCAAAGUCAUACGGCAGCAGCUACACAUGCUUGCAGCCCAGUUCGAGGACUGAACACUGAUAGUAACGAACCAGCUGAUGUGAACUGUUGUUAACAGCUGCAUGGCAACCAGUUUAAAAACUCGUCACUUGUACAGAAAUAAAGUAGUCCAUUUUGUUUUUCUUUUCCCUAA